CCUGCUACCGCCUUUGUCAGCGCAGCCCGGCGCUAUGGCAUCCUGCUGGGGCUUUGGGCUCUUCCUCCUCCUUCUCUUCCUCCUCCUCCCGGCUGGGAAGAGGCUGCUGCAGAGGAAGGGGCAGCCCUGACGGCCGCGCUUCCCUGGCAAGAGGCAGGCGGAGCCCCAGAAGUGGAACACAGUUUCCAGUUAAAUGACAAAAUACGCUUAAACUAUGGAGUCCAACCAGGAAACCUCACUCUUUCUGGUGAAGAUCUUGGAGGAGCUGGACACAAAGCAGAAUACUGUUUCUUACCAGGAUCUCUGCAAGUCACUCUGUGCAAGGUUUGAUCUGUCCCAGCUGGCCAAACUCCGUAGCGUGCUGUUUUACACUGCUUGCCUGGAUCCUAAUUUCCCAGCAACUUUAUUCAAAGACAAAAUGCGAUGCACUGUAAACAAUCAGCAAUCAAAGAAAAUCAUGGUGGCAGCAGAUAUAGUAACGAUAUUCAACCUCAUACAAAUGAACGGGGGAGUGGCCAAGGAGAAACUUCCAGUUGCAAGGCAGAAAGUGAAGAAGAAGGAGUCCUUUGAGUCAUGUAGGUCUGACACGGAGAUCUGCAACAUGGCAGAGUGCGUGCCCAACUGUGAGCUGAGUGAGCAGGACUUCAGCCAGGGCUUUGCAGUCAGAAGGUCUUCAAAAUGCAGGAAGAUGGACUGCAAAGACUGCCAGCAGUUUGUUCCCUCAUCAGAGCCCAACUUCUUGCUUGGAGUUAACAAGGAGAUGAAGGGCCGGGCUGCAUCUCUGGACAGGCUGCAGGCUCUGGCAUCCUAUUCCAUUGCCACGUCUCCACCGUGCGAGAUGCAGAGCACGUACUUCCCCAUGAACAUUGAAAAUGAAUCUAUUUCAGACCAAGACUCUUUGCCUAUAAGCACAGGCCUGAAAGAAACUUUCAUUUCAAACGAUGAGCCAUUUGUGAUGCAGUCGUGUGUCCAGAAAAGAAAUAUAUUCAAAGAAGAUUUUCAUAAUCUGAUUACAAUAUCUCCCAACUUAAUACCAUCCAACAAAAAGCCAGAAGAUGGACACAGAGAGCCUCAGAACAGAAAAGAAAGCUCUAAGCAGACUUUUUUCAACCACAGCUUUGAAAUGCCAUACAGCAGCCAGUACUUGAAUCCAGUUUAUUCUCCUAUACCAGAUAAAAGACGAGUGAAGCACGAGAGCUUAGAUGAUCUUCAAGCUUCAACAUAUUUCGGCCCAACAACUAUUCUUGGGCCCCAGGACACCAAAAAGUGGACUGGAAAGCCAACCAAACAAACUGCCUGGCCAGCUAAAAGCUGGAGCUUAAAUACUGAGGAGGUACCUGACUUUGAACGAUCAUUUUUUAAUAGAAAGCAGUCAGAAGAGAAGCCACGGUACCAGAGCUCAAACAACCCAUCUCCAAACUUCCCUUCAGCUGACAGACAUCAGUCCUACCUAAAUCCGAAGGAUCAGCAACCCAUUAUGCAGACAAACUACGCUGUGAAACAAAAUGGACACAAACCCAAGGAAAUUCCUUCCAUUCUAGAUGUGGAAAAGCACGAGCCAGUCAAAAAGUUUAAGGACAAAAGCAUUAAUUGCACUUCUGUUCAAAUCUUAAGUAUUGACAGAACCAUGAGUGUUGGGACACAAACGGAGCAGCAAGUCCUGGACCAUAAGAAAUGUAAGGAUUUGUGCGCACCUGGCCAAGCCAAGUAUGCAGAGCGGCACUCUCUUAAGCACUCAGAUGAUGACUCUGAAAUAGUGAGUGAUGAUAUCAGUGACAUUUUCCGCUUUUUGGAUGACAUGAGUAUCAGUGGGUCCACAGGAGUGAUGCAGUCUUCGUGCUACAAUAGCACAGGUUCCUUGUCUCAGAUGCAUAAAUCAGACUGUGACAGCUCACCUGAGCACAAUCUGACUAAAAUCUCCAACGGGAGUGCCUGCAACAAAUUAGAUAAAGUGGUCCGGGCAGAUAUCAGUAACGUGGAUGAUGAACUGAAAACGAGUGUCUGCAAAUUAGUUUUGAGGAUUGGUGAAAUAGAGAAGAAACUUGAAUCGCUCUCAGGCGUCCGAGAAGAAAUCUCCCAGGUCCUGGGAAAAUUAAGCAAGCUGGAUCAAAAAAUUCAGCAGCCAGAGAAGGUCAGCGUGCAAAUAGAUCUCAACUCAUUGACAAGCGAUGCCGCGUCAGAUGAAAGUAAUUCCCCCCAGAUAUUUCAGUGCCACAACACUCCUCAUGGGAGCAAAUUAGAGAACAAUCCUGAAUGGUGCUGUUCAGACGCCAGCGGAAGUAACAGUGAGAGUCUUCGAGUAAAGGCCUUAAAAAAAAGCUUAUUUACUAGGAGGUCAUCAAGAUCAUUAACAGAGGAAAAUAGUGCAACUGAAUCCAAAAUAGCAAGCAUUUCAAACUCUCCUCGAGACUGGAGAGCCAUCACUUACACCAACAAAGUUGGCAUCACAGACGAGGAAAUGAAAGAUAGAGAUGGAGGAGAAAACAAGGACUGGCACAGGAAAUCUAAAGAGGCAGACAGGCAAUACGAAAUCCCACAGCCACACAGACUCCCCAAACAGCCAAAAGAUGCUUUCUUGAUUGAACAAGUCUUUAGUCCUCAUCCUUACCCUGCAUCACUCAAGUCACACAUGAAAAGCAACCCGCUCUACACAGAUAUGAGGUUGACAGAACUGGCUGAAGUGAAACGUGCCCAGCCAUCGUGGACCAUAGAAGAAUACACGAGGAAUUCAGGGGAUAAAGGCAAGAUUGCAGCAUUGGAUCUACAAACUCAAGAAUCUUUAAACCCGAACAACUUAGAGUACUGGAUGGAAGACAUUUAUACUCCUGGCUACGAUUCCUUAUUAAAGCGCAAAGAAGCCGAGUUCAGAAGAGCAAAGGUGUGCAAGAUAGCUGCCCUGAUAGCAGCGGCCGCUUGUACGGUGAUCCUGGUCAUUGUAGUUCCCAUUUGUACAAUGAAAUCCUGAACCCACGGACAGAGCCGUGACUGCAGCUGGGCGCAUCUCAGAGAGCUCACUCCCUGUUUCAAACAGCCGGUGGCAAAACUGUAGAGGAAUCUGCUAAGGAGGAACGUUCUGAGGAUAUCCUGAUGGAGAGUGCUGCAAACGCAGACAAAACGUGAAAUGAUGAGAGAGAACGUUUUUUGAGAAGUGCUAUUUCAAAUAAUGGUCCGUGUGCGUGGCAGAGCUGAUGGGAACUCGGUUCCAUUUUUAUGCAUUUUUAGAAGUGCAAUAUUUUUUUUCCUAAAGAGACAAUAUAAUGUUUUCCAGAGACUGAUGAGAAUCCAGAAAAAGGGUGAGGUUUGUCUGAGCUAUGUUGCAUUCGGUGGAGGUGUGAGUACCUGCAGGAAGCACUGUAUAGAAGGGAAUGUUCUAUAUGCAUUACAUCGGGGAGCUGCAAAUGUCUUAAAGCUCUACAAUGUAGAAAACUCUGAAUGUAUUGUAUUUAUUUUAUAGUAUUUAUGCAUAUCAUGAUCAUUUGAUUGAAAGCAGACUGUGUAGCCAUGAACAGAGUUCAUUUCUAUGUUCAGAUUAAAAAGGGCUCUUUAUAUUUGGUCUUGCCCUAAGACCCACUGUCAUCACUGAGUACUUGGAUAAGUGCAAUGUGCUGCAGACCAAAAAGAUUAUGUUCUAAAGCAAUCAAAAGAGGUUUCAGUUGCUUCUGUUGAAUAACAUUUGCAUAGAGCUGGCAAACAUGCCUUGCCGAAAGGGUAUUCUUUACCUCUGCAGACAGUGGAAUUGUCUCAAUUUCACUCCUGCCAGCAAGCAAAGCUGGCAAAUCCAAGCAACACUCUGCUAAAGUUCUUGCAAAUGUAAUCUGAACAGUUAUAAUUUUGUCACAAAGUCUUUGUGCCUUUUUUUAGACUGUGGAUUAAACAGAACGGUUUAAUUUUGCUAUUUUAAGCCCAUAACAUAAAUCAUGGCAUAAUGGGUACUAAUGGAGCUUCUUUUCCCGCAAGCCUUCUAUACAGUUCGGAUUGCUCUUCAAAUUGCAGGGCUGGUGGUUACUGAGCACUUAUAUUAAGGGCACAGUUUUUCAGCGCUGGUGGAAACUUGCUGUUAAUGCAAUGCAUUCAGCGCAGGGAGCCCUUCUGCUUCCCUAGUGCUAAUGUGCUUAAGAAUGAUGGUUGACUCUACUGGGCAGCAAGAAGUCUGUAACCCCAUGAGAAACAUCCAUUUAAUGCUCUAUCCCAAAUGCACGUAGCAGGUUAAAAGGAAUUCUCAAGCUAUGACAGAAACUCCGUCAAUGCAGUGUGUAAGUAAAUACCCGGACAGUAUUUCUCUUCUGUCACAGAUAGAUGGGAAAAAAUAUCUAAAAAAAGUAUUUUCAAGAAUUAACGUGAUCUUGCUGGUCUUCUGAGAGAAAUGAGAUCCUCUCAGUAAAUGCUUUUUACGGAAGGUAAUUUGGCUCCUUCACAGCCAUGUAGCAGCUGUGAGAGCGUCCCCUGCCCGUCCCUCUCUGGGUGGAUGGGAUGCACAGCCUACACCAAAACCUGCACCUCCUGGUGCAAUCCUGACCCAAAUCCUGUGUUGUUUUUUUUUUCUUCCCAUUUCUAUACUAAGAUUUCUCUUUCCUUCCAGGUGCUGCAGGAUGGAGUCACAGUAGACAGGGAAUAAUUCACACCAUCUAUUUUGGGCUCCCCUAAGGCCUUCUAUCACCAUGUGAUUCAGAGCACCUAUGUUUAGGAGCUCAGCUUCCAUACGUAGUAAAUAUAGACAGGUAGAGUAACCCCCAGGGAUGUUUCAGAACUGCCAGCAAGAUGUCUAAUUUUAGACAUGUGAAUACUCUCCGCAGAGCCAUUGCUCUGCAUUUUACCUUAUGCACAAUUUAUGUUGAUUGUAGAUGUAGAAAUCUCACUGGUUCCAGGUAGCGACAGGAAGUCCUAAUGUUAUUCGUUGGGCAUCAAGGAAUUUUUGCAUUAGGGACAUCAAAUAUCCUGAGGAUCUGGGAGGAGAUUGAGUCAUGAACCUAAGAGCUCAGCAUCCCAAGUACCCCUAAUUUACUGAAACGCUUUUGCCCAUCCUCCCAUUGCACAGAGGCAACCCAUCCCAUUGUAGCAGCAUGGCAGCACAUGGUUUGGCACAAAUCCCUAAUUUGAGCUCCAUUUGGCUCUCGCAGUGUCUGGGAAGCAUCUCAGCAGUGCUAGGAGCCCAUGGGCAGUGGGGAAGGCAGAGCCCGGCUCCACCUCCAUGCUCCACAGAUACCUCCAGGAGCCACCACUUUGCCUUCCCUUAUAGAAAAUGGGCAUCCCUAGGCUUCCCCUAUGGAAAAUGGGCAUUCCAAGUCUUCCCAUUGAGUUCCUCAUCUUUGCUUAAAAUAGAUAAGGGUGGUGCAGUGGUGGCUGCUGCUGCUGCCAGAGGAGAGCGGCCCAGGAAGGAGGGACCCUUCAGCCCUGUGCAGAAUGUAUAAAACAAGGGGAGGUCCUACAAUAGAAACCUGUGAGAAUAUUGUGGUUGACCUUGUGAACCAGUUAUCAACUCAUAUAUGCUGUAUACUACAUGAUAGACUUUUGUAUUUAAAAAGAAAAAUAAACUAAAGCUAUAGGUACAUUGUAAUCCUUGGUGUGAUUGAAAAAAAAAAGUGUCUUAGAUUGUAUUAUUUAAUUAAAAUUAUGAUGAACAUAUUGAACUGUUUUUCGUAUUUAUGCCUUAUAAACUUGAUAUAUUACACAUGAUAAAAUGCAACUGCAAGAAUUACAAAAUUAAAUAAAUAGUAUUCUGGGGGCGAAUCCUGUUUACUUUUCCUACAACAGGAGAGCUGCAGAAAUCAGCUCCAUAAGUCAUAUGUGUAGAAGAGCAAGAACAGAAUCUGUCCCCAAAUGACUUUUUAGGAUUUUUUUUUUUUUUAAUGGGGCUUUGGUUAAUGUACAAUGUAAUGAUUUUAUUUUAUAAAGUAACUGUACAAUGUUGCCUUUCGGUUCAUUUAAAUAUAAUACCAAAUAAACUUGAAAAUUACAGUGUCCCAAGUUUUAAUGAAGCAGUUACAGUAAUUUAUUAUCCCAUUGCUUUUCCUCUUUUUCUUUUCCAGGGACAUCAAGAUAGCCAUGGGAUGUGAGCAUCGCAGUGUUAGAUAACUAAGCACUCCAUCUAGUUCUUGGCGGAAUUGCUAAUGGAUUUCUCACUUGUGAAAUAAUAAGAUGGCAGAAGAUAAUGAAAAAUGAGUUUGUUGGGUUUCUUUAAAAAUCUCCUUUGCAUUACAAUGCCUGAGCUUUUGGGAGAUUAGCUCUUGACACUAAUCAUAAUAUUUCAUUUUGUAGGUUAUUUCAUGACUGAAUUAUGCCAUAUCAACUGUUCUAACAAGGUCAUGACUAAUAUUUUGGAGUCUGUUUCCUUUACACGUUUGUGCAACCGCUGUUCCUUUUAUGUCAGUGCAACAGAUAACUAUGUAUAGUCACUUACCUAUCAGCAGGAGAUUCAUUUGCUUAGGAUCUCCACUGGAAUUUAAUUUGUUGCUUUUGACUUGUUAAUUGCAAAAUGACAUUGUUGAAAAUUCCAGGUGUUGAAACUACAAGUAAUGCAGCAUCAAAGACUGCAAAGAGGAGCUGCAGAAAAGACAAUGUAUGUAAAUGGUGAACAACGACAGGAAACACAAUAGGCUAAGACCCCAAUUUCCUCAUCUCUACUGCAAAAACCCCUUUUAUGCGUUGCUUUAGCAGUUCUGUUGAGGAUGGGGCUGUUGAGUUCUCUGUGUGAGGUUCUCCUUGGCCAUGGGUUGGGCUGCAAACCAGCACAAGUUCCCUUGAGAAGGACUAUCCUGAUUCUGGGGGAUUGUAGCAUCAAGUCCAGAAGAUUACAGGUGAAAGUGCCCUCUGAAUUUUUAUUUUAUAGUGCAAAUCCAGGAAUAGGAACUGUCAUAUUAAUGCUAAAUGUGGCCAGCUUCAUGCCAAAAAAGGUCUCUGGCUCUAGUUCCUUAGCCAAGAAACUGAAUGUAUAGGAUAUACAGACCUUAUCUGUGUCAUCAUUGUGCUGGAAGGCCAGGACGCUGCCAACUUUCUGCAGCCAUUGCUGGAAAGAGUACGUGAGUCUCGAGGUUGAAGGAAGCUCUCAUGUGCAAUGCUCUGUCUUCCACAAGGACACAGCCCCAUGCAACCUCUGCUUCUGUGAGCGUAUUGCUCACACCAAUCAAUUGUCCUGGUUGAAUAAAUUCUUUAUUUCAAAGAGAGCUUUGGUGAAUGGUUCUGCCUGGCACACAAAAGAGUCACAAACGAAAUACCGGAUCUCUGAGCCAUAUUGAAUCACAGCGCUCCUGUGACUCCAUCACACUGAAUCCGCAGACCGAAGAAGAGAAAGUAGCCUGCAGCCCAGAUUAUCUGCACUGUGGUCCUAUUUAAAGGAAAGGUCAGUUGUGUUGGUGUGCACUUCGGGAAAAGGCAAGUGUCUGCGGGAGUAAUUAUAAAGAUGAGAUACUUCCUUUAAUCUGAUAUUUUCUUUGUUAUGUUUUCAGGAAACAGCAUUAUGCCUUAGAAAGCUCUGUUCUGCCAGUAAUCCCUCCAGGAAACUUCAGUUCUGAUGGCUGCAGUGACCAUGGACUGUUCAACCUCUUACUGUUACACAAAUCCUCACAGACCAUUUAGAAACUGGAGCAACUCUUCAAAGAAAGGAAGAAUCAAGCUGUCAGCAGCCCAGCUCCUCCUUUAAGUAAGUUGCUUUUGAUUUUGUUUGUCUCCUGCAAUAUGGUCAAACAGUCUGUGAGAGUCACAAAUCACUUCCAAAAACAACGAUGCACUCAUCCUUCCUUAAAACUGAUACAUGGAGAUUUUUCAAGGAGGUCUUGUGAAUAGUCCUGGGUGAGCCCAGCUCAAGAAGGCAGGUGGAGAGGCUUGCAUUCCCUGCUGGACCAGAGUGGUUGUCAGUGAAAUGAAAUGCAUUAUAGGGUUGAGGAAAUGGCAGGGAGUAUAUGUCUGGAGAUACAGUUGCUGCUGAGACUGGAGGCUUUUAGAAACUAAAUGUUCUGCAGCAGUUUCUUCCCUAUAAUCCAUCCCUAGUCAUGCUUUCCCUGCUCUCCUUGGUCUUGGGAGUUCUCCUUGUCCCAUUGAUGGUGCUGGCAGCCAAAACAAAAUACAGAAUUGGAAUCUGGAAUCUCCUCUCAC